CGUUCGUUGGACACAGCUGCUCUUUUUGAGUUUGGUGCCACUGCACACAUUCACACGAUCCACCCACAAUCAAUCAAUCACGCCAUGUGACGCCAUCCACCGCACACACACCUCCUCCAGCACAUCGUGCGGGUUGUCACUGGACGAGACGUGUUGGCCGUGGCUGCCAACCAACCAACCAACCAACCAACCAACCCAACAAGCCAUUCUCUGCACCACUCUCAUCUCAACAAGCAAGAAGUCGUGUGGGUCGUGGUUGCUGUCAUCGACGUCGUCGCUUACCCCUCUCCCUCCAUCUCUCCUUCUCCCUUCCCUCUUCCUCCCCUCCCUCUUCCUCUCCCUCUCCCCGAUCCUUCUUCCUCUCCCUCUCCCUUCAACAACAGCCAUGAUGCAGUGCAGUCAGGCGGCCACACGCCGUGCGGCGGCGACGAUGCUGCUCAAUGCACGCCGUGCAAAGCACUACAAGGUGCUGACUGUCGGCGGCGGCGCUGGUGGCCUCGCCGUCAGCUCAACCCUCUCCAACAAGCUCGGCAAGGGCGCUGUUGGCAUUAUUGAGCCCUCGUCCGUGCACUACUACCAGCCAUCAUGGACCAUGGUUGGCGGUGGCGUGCACCAGUUCAAGGAUUCCAUGCGCGAUCAAGCAUCCGUCAUGCCCCGCAACGCAGACUGGAUCCAGGACUACGCCGUGGCCUUCAAGCCCGAGGAGAACAAAGUCGUCACCCAGAAUGGCGACGAGUUUACGUACGACUUUCUUGUGGUCGCAGCUGGGUUCCAGCUCGAUUGGGACAAGAUCAAGGGCCUGAAGGACGCCCUGGGUAAGGAUGGCGUCACCUCCAACUACUCUCCCAAGAGCUGCGAAAAGUCCUGGGAGUUUAUGCAGGCAUUCAAGGGAGGCAACGCCAUCUUCACGCAGCCGGACUGCCCGAUCAAGUGCGCCGGCGCUCCGCAGAAGAUCAUGUAUCUCUUUGAGGACUACAUCACCCGCCAGGGCCUGCGCGACAAGACAAACGUCACCUUCAUGCAGGGCCUCCCAGCCAUCUUCGGCAUCAAAAAGUAUGCUGACGUGCUGACGAACAUCUGCAAGGACCGCGACAUUGACGUGCAAGUGAACAGCGUGCUGAAGGAGAUCAAGCCAGAGACAAAGGAGGCCGUGUUCCAGCAAGGCGACAAGACCACGACUGUCAACUACGACUACAUCCACGUCACCCCAUACAUGAGCGCCCCAGACUUUAUCAAGAAAAGUUCACUGGCCAACGCGGCAGGGUUCGUGGACGUGGACCAGUACACCAUGCAGCAUGUCAAGUACCCGAACAUCUUCUCGCUUGGCGACUGCUCAUCCGUUCCCACAUCAAAGACUGCCGCUGCCGUCGCAUCAGAGAGUGGAGUGGUGAAGCAGAAUCUGCUUGCAGCGCUGGAGGGCAAGCCACUGCCGGCCAAGUACGACGGCUACGCCAGCUGCCCGCUCGUCACAGGGCGCGGAAAGCUCGUGCUCGCAGAGUUCUCAGGCUUCACCGGACAGCCGCUGGAGACGUUUUUCUUUGACCAGGGGAAGGAGCGCUGGUCAAUGUACUCGAUGAAGAAGGACCUGAUCCCGCGCAUGUACUGGGACCAGCUUAUCACGGGCCUGUGGAACGGCCCGACAAACGUGCGCUUCCUCACAAACCCGCUCGGUUGGCAACAGUUCAGCGCCUGAGCCCGCAGUAUGCGGAUGAUGGAUGAUGGAUGAUGGAUGAUGGGUGCUGGGCGAUGGAUGGUGGAUGUGGCAUGACCCUUGUUCAUUGUGUGUUUUCCUGUGAUCAUAUUGUCAAGCAAAACAAGUGAAGCAAGCAAGUAUGCAAA